AUGUCGGCGACGACUACAGAAACGCAGACUUCUCCUCCCCAGACCCCCCAAACGCCAGAGUUCACUGUGCUCAACCGCGUUGCUUCCAUUCCAAUGAUUUCUUCAUCCCUGGUCACCAUUAAUGAAGCAUUAUCGACCAAUACCUACACCCGCUCUUCGUAUAUUCAUGCUAAAGAGCUCUCUACCUCUGCCUACAAGCUUACCGAACCUCUCCAAGUCAAAUUGGCUCCCCUUAUUGUCCGUGCUGACACCUACGCCAACAAGGCUGUCGACGCGGUCGAGUCUCGCUACCCUUAUCCAUUCAAGGCCCAGCCAGAGGAGGUUGCCACCUACGUGCGCGAACGCAAAGAGAGUACCACCAACUAUGUCAGCGAGCGUGUCAACCAUGUCAACAAGGCGAUUGAUGAAAAGGUCAAGACCCCCGCCUACAAUGUUGUUCACGGCAUCGAUAGGCGAUUUGCCCCAAUCGUCGACUACUUCGAGGUUACCGUAUCGCGACUCAACAAUUCCGAAGCCGGCCCAUCUACACCUCCUGAUGCUCAAUACCAAUACCAACGUGCUCUCGCCCUUUCCAAAACUCUCGGCGAGAACAUCUACGACUAUUCCAACGAGCAACUGAAACACUUCCAGGCCCAAUCUGUUAUCGCUCAGAAGGCCUCGGAGACUGCCGCCUCUAUCUCUACCGUCGCUUCGUCAUCUCUUGCAUCUGCCCAAAACCGCAUCCACACCCUCUCCGAUACCAUGCUCGCUGAGCUCCAGAAACUCCAGGCUUCAACAAACUCCCUCACAACUUCUCUCCAGGCCAGUCUCCAAAAUUCCGCUUCGCAACUCCAGUCCCAGCUCCCCAGUCAGAUUCAACAGUCAUAUGCCGAUCUCUCCGCCGCAUUAACCUCUACUGUCAACGAGCUCACGACUAUUAUUACCACGAAGGACCUUCCCCUCCAAGAAAAGGUAGCCCGUGUUGGUAAAGAAGUCCAGGAACGUGUGCACCCUCUUCUCGAAACCGUGAAAAAGGGUGUUUCGGAGGUCCUUGCCCGCUCCAAGGAGGCGAGAGUCGUUGCUGAACCUGCUGCAGAGCCAAAGGAGGCUGAAGCUGAGGUCAAAGAGGCGAACGGAAACGGCCAUGCACCAGUCGCCUCUGAGUGA